AGACAGCGGCCGGGCGGCAGGCAGGCGGACAGUAGACGACGGGCAGACAGCGGCCGCGGCGGCGGGCGGCGGGCACGCAGUGUGGCCCGGUGACUCGUGGUGAUCGCACGGAUGGCGAACCGCUCCCGCUCGAGAUGGAGCGAGCUCAAAGAGUCGCGGCACGUACGCUUCUUUCAGACGCCACUGGGAAUCCUGCACCUCGUGCUACUGGCGCUGAACGUGCUCUGCGUGUCGUUCUCGGGUCACUACCUGGGAAUGUACCGGGGCGUGCACCUGCCGGGCUAUGACCUGUUCCGCCCGGAGGCCUUCUUCGUCAUCUGCUGCUCCGGAUGUCUGAUGGUGACGGUGCUGCUGCUGUUGACGGUUCUGGCCUCGUCAGACAGUCAUCAGAUGCUCUUCAGGACAGUCGCGCCGGAGCUGGCCUUUGGCGGCAUGUCCUGUCUGUGGCUGGUAGCCAGCAUUGUCUACCUGGCGGAGAUUGUCGGCAGGAACAUCGACUAUCAGCUGCGGGAGCCCGGAUUCCCGCUGAAAAUUCUGACCGCGGUUCUGGCUCUGGUGGCCUCCUGUCUCUGCGGCGCCCUGUGUCUGCUGUCCCGCCGACAGCGGGUCGGAGCCGUCACUCUGAAGAUGAAGACGGCCUCUGCCGAGCUGGGGCGCCGCUCCCGUCCUCUGACCAUCGAGACCGGUGCGCCGACUGUGGAUAGCACUCCUGUUGAAACAACCAACGGUGCGCUGCUUCGGUCCGACCACCGUCGACUGGAGAGGGCGCCCAGCAGUCCACCGUUCGUCGGACUGGAGACGACCCCCUUCCCAUUCGCAGGAGUCCCCGUCUCUAGUUCAGCGGUCAACCUGCAGAUUCCCUCAGAAAGUGUGCGUAGAUUGACCGAGAAGACGCUGAGUCAGUCCAUCAGUCUACACCCAGAGUCCUCACCUCGCCUAUCCGUGGCUCCCACCGUACCUUCCCCCUCCUCAUCACCACCGAUGCCGUCUUCGCCAGAAUACGCUCGCGUGUCGAAACCUCCCCGACGCGCGUCGGGCGACUCGACUGACUCCUCAUCGCCUCGGACUCGUCCACUGGCAAGCUCGGCGACUGAGCUGGGUGGUGGGAGAGGUCGAGCGGCCGGUCUGCCUCCACUGCCUCCCGCACCACCCGCUGCGGGUAGGGUAAAACCACUGAGUCGGCCACCGGCAGUGCCGCCCGCCUCCAAGAAGCCUUCCCAGCUGCGGACUCGCGAUAUGCGUCGGUCAGUGAGUACACCGAAUGAUGUGGACGAACCGCUGAAUGCGGAUGUUGAUGAACCGACAUUCGCUAGCUCAGGUCAUCUGGAUCAAGAUCCAGCGAAUUUGACGUUUGAGCAACGUCGGAAGAUGCUGGAACUGAAACAUGCUGAGGGAAGUUGAGAGUUCGUCUGUGACUUUUUGACAUUCUGAACUGAAGGCUCAGGGAGUUUAAACUGGUGCACAGUAACUUUGGUCGGUGACAGUGACAAAUUUCGUCAUUGGAACCCGUUCGGGACCCGGCCGGUCGCGGCCUCAGCCGUGGGAACCGCAGGUAUGCGGAAAGACAGGAGACACUCGACUCGAGAGCACGACCAGCACGGGUCGGGAGGAAAGCACCUCACGUGGCGGCCUGCGUAGGUCGCAGGGAGACAUUCCCGGUACGGAGAUUUCCUCUCAUUCAUGGUAUCCCUGACCUGUAUUUUCCAACUCAGCCACAGACUGUUGGAGUUAACUCACGUCUCACAAUCUAGCAAAGUGAGUUUCAAAAGAAAGGAAAAUCGAUUUGACCUCAAGUCCUUGAAAAUAUCAUAUUUUCGUACUUUUAUCUUUGUUUUAGAACGAGUGAAACGCAUCCAGCUACAUAUUUCAUCUCCAGCAUUAGAUGACCGUCUUAUAUCAGAUGGACACACUACAAAGAACCAUCACUUUCCUGCCAAACAACAUCCAGGGUCAACCCUCUCGAUCCGCGCCACCAACUGACAGACCCCGGCGCCUGUCCCUAUCUUCAUCUGUCCAUGUGUGGGAGGGGAGCGACGCUGUCGGCACGGAGUCCUGAUGACAUCAUGACCACGGUCGGUCGCGACGGCGCGGCGACGGUGGGGUAGCCUGAGGUCACUCAGCGGCGCCGUCUGACCGCGACCGUCUGGGGUGAACUCAUCAACUAGUAGCGUGUCGCGCGUCGGAUACUUUCCACACUAGUCCACGCGGGCCACUGUGAUCAUCGGUGGUUUAAAGUGGACCACACAAGCUCAUCGAAGUCCACAGUUGUCUUUAUGCACCCCCCCCCCCCCCUACAGCGAUUGGCAAUCCACAUAAGCAUGCUGCUUCAUUCUUUAGCCAAUCUUUGAAAAAGUAGGUAGUUGUCCUGUAUAAAGAAUAGAGACCUGAUUCAGCAAGGGUUAUGGGGCUCAUUUCUUGACGAGGCCUAGGCUGCGGCCGGUGGCAGACAGCCUUCACUAGGCUGAAUGAUUUAAUGGGAUCAUGCAUCGCGCCCUGAGUCACUUGGCAAACAUCUUACAACGAUUUAGAUCUGUUUAUACCCGAAGGUUGUUCCUGGUAUACUUGGGUGGUCAAUCUUAAUUAGCAUGAGUGAAUACGGUGUUGGUUAUGUAAGUUUUGGCUGGCUUUGGCUUGAUCUGUCCUGCAAGGAAUUCUGUUGUCACUUGUCAGCAACCAAAUUUUCCUGAUCUCCCAGCCUCAGAAAUGUCCGUACAGUGAUUGUGACGCUGCGUGUUGCUUGGAAAGCUCUCCCGCCUCUGACCCGUGCCAGUCGCAUUCCGUGUCAUCCCCGGUCGUCACGGAUGGUCACAGGGCGUCAUGUGUCGUCACGGGUCACGUGUGUCACGACAGUGCGACCCGGCUGGUGAGAGCUCCCGAUCUUAGGCGUUCGAUCACGCUUCCUUCCACGCGGCGAGGGCACGAAGCGAUAGUCGCGCACGUUUUGUGCGAUGAAGCGCAUCCGCGGAGAGCGUGAGAUUGCGACGCUUUUUGGGUCAGCUUCGCUAGAGGUGCAACCCAGCGAGAAGAGGUCUGUAGUGUGUUCAUUUGCGUGUGUGUACUGUGUAUUGUUAUCAGGCGAUGACUGAUGUGUCAUUAUGUUUAUAUCAUGCUUUUACGAUGACAGUAACUGACGAGUUGAGAGGACGCUGGGUUUCGUCAAAGCAAAUAGGUAGACGCCUGUGUCAUGAUCUACAUUAUGUGCUGUCGAGAAUGUUUGCGAAUUUAGCCGCUGUGUGGCAAAUAAAUUGAUGAGCUCCGUAGCUUUAGAUCGCCUCUUGACUCAUACGUGCACGCUACUGUUUAUGUAUGUUUAAAUGGCCUUGCUGGCUCUCGUCUAGUUUAGGCCUGUAGUUUUUAGGCACACAGCACACGACCAAAGUCUGCUUUGAACAAGGAUGCAACGAGUGAUGAUCGAUGUCUGCACUUAUGUCGCGCUAUUUAUUUUGUAAAGUAAUGGUACUGUGGUGUUAUGUAUUGUGUGGUGCAAAAUAGUUGAGUAUUAUGUUGAUGGAUGUGUUUGUAUUUUAAAGACAUCUUGCUGGCUGUUGCCUAUGUACCUAUGUAAAUAUUUAAUUACGCCUGCCACCUCGCUGCGACAAAAACUUGCCCUUAUACUGCCGAAUGCACAUGCACAAUCUGUUUUUGUAACAAAGUGCUUUGUAAUAAAUAGCAACAUUUGUCA